UAGCGGCGGGAGCUGCGCUGGCCAGGGGUUCCGGCUGUAUUUCUAUGAGCGCAGCCGGCAGCCGCGGAGCUGCAGGAAUCGGACUCCGGGCUAGCUGAACCGCUGGAGUCAACGAGCGCAGGAGCUUGUCUGCAGAGCGGCAGGUCUGUGUGGCUCCCGGGACAUGCCCUGAGUUUCUUUGUGCUGCAGAUCCGGAGCUGUUCUCUUCACUUGGACUCUUCUCGGAAAAAAUCCAGCAGCUUUUAGGUGAAUUUGAAUACAAGCUCAGAUCUGACUGGCCCAAGUGUUCAAGUCUUCAAGGAAUAUCCACCUUCUCCGUGAGAGGAAUAACAACAUAGAGCAAGAUGAAUGCCAUGCUGGAGACCCCCGAGCUCCCCGCCGUGUUUGACGGGGUGAAGCUGGCUGCCGUGGCUGCUGUUCUCUACGUCAUUGUGCGGUGUUUGAACCUGAAGAGUCCCACUGCCCCUCCUGACCUCUACUUCCAGGACUCCGGGCUCUCACGCUUCCUGCUCAAAUCCUGUCCUCUUCUGACCAAAGAAUACAUCCCACCACUGAUCUGGGGGAAAAGUGGACAUAUCCAGACAGCCUUGUACGGGAAGAUGGGAAGGGUGAGAUCACCACACCCUUACGGGCACCGCAAGUUCAUCACCAUGUCAGACGGAGCCACUUCUACAUUCGAUCUCUUCGAGCCCUUGGCGGAGCACUGUGUUGGAGAUGACGUCACCAUGGUCAUCUGUCCUGGAAUUGCCAAUCACAGCGAGAAGCAGUAUAUCCGAACCUUUGUUGACUAUGCCCAGAAAAAUGGCUACCGGUGCGCAGUGCUAAACCACCUGGGAGCCCUACCCAACAUUGAGCUGACCUCCCCACGCAUGUUCACCUACGGCUGCACAUGGGAGUUUGGAGCCAUGGUGAACUACAUCAAGAAGACAUAUCCCCAGACCCAGCUGGUUGUCGUGGGCUUCAGCCUGGGCGGUAACAUCGUGUGCAAAUACCUGGGGGAGACGCAGGCAAACCAGGAGAAGGUCCUGUGUUGUGUCAGCGUGUGCCAGGGGUACAGCGCACUGAGGGCCCAGGAGACCUUCAUGCAGUGGGACCAGUGCCGCCGAUUCUACAACUUCCUCAUGGCCGACAACAUGAAGAAGAUCAUCCUGUCUCACAGACAAGCUCUUUUUGGAGACCAUGUUAAGAAACCCCAGAGCCUGGAGGACACGGACUUGAGCCGGCUCUACACAGCAACAUCCCUGAUGCAGAUUGAUGACAAUGUGAUGAGAAAGUUCCACGGCUAUAACUCCCUGAAGGAAUACUAUGAGGAAGAAAGCUGCAUGAGAUACCUGCACAGGAUAUACGUGCCUCUUAUGCUGGUUAAUGCAGCUGACGACCCCUUGGUGCACGAAAGCCUUCUGACCAUUCCAAAGUCUCUCUCAGAGAAACGGGAGAACGUCAUGUUUGUGCUGCCUCUGCACGGGGGCCACCUGGGCUUCUUCGAGGGCUCCGUGCUGUUCCCCGAGCCGCUGACAUGGAUGGAUAAGCUGGUGGUGGAGUAUGCCAAUGCCAUUUGCCAAUGGGAAAGGAAUAAGUCCCAGUGCUCAGACACGGAGCAGGUGGAGGCCGAGUUAGAAUGAGGCCUCCGGACUCUGGUGUGCUCCUGUAGCCCUCCUCUGGAACCCGUGGCUGUUUCAGGUCUCCCAUCUCCCUCAGUGACCUGGAUCUGACCUCAUACCAUCAGUGGGGGGCCACCCAUCAUGCAACCUGUCUUAAGUAGGCGGCUCUCCCUGGGAGCUCCAGGCUAUUUUUAUGCUUAGUUACGGGUUUUCUCCAUUGCGUUGUUAGCCAUGGUGGCAAGCUACAAGAUUCUCACCCUUCUGUCCAGCUUCAGUAUCUGAUCGCUCUUUCAUGCCAGUUGUAUCUAGUUUUCUAGUAAGGAACGCAUCUGAGCUGCGGUUUUGCUUUGCCGAUCAAAAAGGCCUCUUUCUGAGAACCGUGAAGGAUGUGUGUCACUUGGUGAUGGUUGUAUGUGCCCUCACAGAGUCCCCAACAAGAAGUCAGCAUCUCUGACCAAUGCUGAAGAAAAGGACUUAGCUUUGGAUGUCUGAGAGCCUGGUGCCUCCUAGGCCUGAGUUUUGCCACUGAAACAAAGGAAAUUUCUUGAGUCUAAAGCCAGUUCCUUCUCACCGUCUUCCUGAGACACCUUCCUCCCGCCUUGCUGCUGCUGCUGAGAGUUGCGUGGGGCGCUUGUCUAAAAAUUCAGCCUCUCGGAUCCCUCCCCUCAGAGAGGCUGCCUCAGUGGGUUUGGGAAGGGGUCUGGGGAUUUUAAUUUUUGACAAGUGCCCCAGGGAAUUCUCAUCACCCAGCAAACUGAGGGAAACCCCAUACUGUAAUACCGCCCCUUUAAAUUCGGAACAUCUUGGUGGCUCAUUUAAUUGGCAUUCAUAAGCCACAAUGUCUCUUUGCUCCCAGAGACCUCCGAAGCAGCAUGGUCUGUUUUAGGACUCCCUUUGUGUGACCUCAGUGUGGGGUCCCUGAAAGGGAGAGGACAUUUGGGCUGAGCCUGAGCUCUGCCUCUUCCCGGAUGUGUAACCCUGGAUAAAUCCCUUUGGGAUUGGCUCUCUUCCCCUAUUAAAUGGGGGAUUUGGGCCAGGUAGAUUGCUGAGAUGGCCACCCUUUCUAAAGUCCAGCGACAAACUCGGCAUGCUGAGGUCUGAGGGAACCUCCCUCUGGGGGAUCCUGAGAGUGGAUGACAGGGCUCGCAGUUUUUCUCCUUUCCCCGUUUCACAUAAAGAGAUUUAGAGUCUUAGUCGCUCACUUGUGAGUUUAGGUUUUCGUCCCAGGUCCAGCUCACUCUCAGUUUUGACACCAAACAACUCAAAAGUUGGAUCUGAGUCUGGAGAAAUGUAUUUCCUGCUGAGAGGGGAGGGUUUCCUUUGGAAGUCAGUGUGUGGUUAAAUAGCCUGUGUGUUGUCUGUUGGGUAAGGCUUUCCAAGCUGUCUGCUCGAGUGGGCAUGUCACUGUAGGGUUCAAGUACUCUUCUCUUCUCCUUGUGGCACUUGAAUCCCUGAGAAGCUUCACUUGGAAAAUCCACAGUUCCUCUCUGGAAUUAAAUGGACCUGUGGAUGAAUUGCUUGGAUACUGUUAAAAAAAAAAAUUUUUUUUUCUCUGCUUCAUCUUCUUUGGCUCCAGGACUGAAUGAAAUACAGUAAUGGGUCUGUGUGGAUAUUUAUGGAGCCACCUGUACCCCCGAAUGCCAGUUCUCGGGGCUUCGGGUGCAAUAGUUCGGGGGCUUUGGCCCCCGAGGGACUGUGACAGGAAUGUCUGUAAACUGCAGAGCUGCUCUCCGACAAUCACUAGGUCACCCCGUCACGUCCUGAACGGACAUUCUCCCGGAACACUGAGACGUCUGAGGUCCCCAGUUUCCUUUGCUAUAAUCUCUUCACGUUCAACAAAUUCUGUCACCGUGUCCCGCCAAUGGUUGUCAUUUUUUCUGUUGCUUUUUUUUUUUUUAUGUUCCCUUGGCACAGAUUGGCACUUUAUCAUUCACCCCUCAAUUUGGAAGCUAACUCUUCUCUGUCAGUUUUCCCUCCACCCAACUGCAGCUGUUAGAGGACUCACAGAGUUCCUGCUGCUGCCUUGAUCCCUUAAGACUUGGAAAGAAAUAGAGUUGUCACCAUAAGGGAAUAGAGUUGUCACCAUCCCUAGUAAGGGGCUCCCUGCAUUUGCCUGAGGUCAUCUCUUUCCAAGACCUGACUAAGCAGUAGCUUGGGUACCACCUGCUUCAGAGAAAAGUCACCCUGUUGUUACACCUAGGAGGAUGUGGGGGACUGUCCUGGGAGCCUGAUCUUUGCAGCAGGCCACACCCCUGGAAGUCCAGCCCCUAGGACGGGCGGGAGGGGACUCGUGCCAGCUGCAGCCUCCGCAGUGUGUGGCUCUGAAUGGCACUGGCGUCCCAUUUUGCUUCGCAUGAAAUCAACUGGAGCUCUUUAUUCCUGCUCCGGGCCCUCAGGCAUGGAAAUGAGACCGGGGCCAUGGCAGUCUGACAGGAAAAUUCUUGUUGGCCCCUGAAUGAGAGCACAGAAGCAUGAACGUGGAGGUGCCAGCUUGCCUAGUGAAUGAGGGGACAGCCCUCUAUGUAGGUCAGCCCCUCUCCUUCCUCUGCGCUCCCUUGCUUUCUUUCCAAAGUCAUCCGUUUCUAAUGAUGAUGUGAAUUGCCUGCUGGCUCUCAAGGACUAACUUGAACCAAAGGCUGAAGUUGUGGCGAACAUUUGAAUA